GGUACCAACGACGCCAGCAUCAGUGCUGCUGGACCCCGCGGCGAACGCUGCUGCGCGGCAGGUGGACGACAAUCAGGAGGCGUUCGCCGCCGGCAGCGAGUAUUUCCCCCGCACGGACUUCAAGUUCUUCAAGGACUUCUCACCCGCGGCGCCAAGCUGGGCCCCCCACGACGCUCGCACGACGCCCGCGGCCGGGCUGGACUCUGGCGCGAUGGGGCUUGCACCCGCGCCUGGGCCCGGCCUCGGCACGCUGGGACGGCCGCACCCGAGCUGCAGCUCGAGCUUUCCGCCGAGGGAGGCGAUGCCGCCGCCGCCGCCUCCGCCGCCGCAGCGCCCGGGCGCGGUGGAACAGACGCCGGCGCUGAACGACGCGUCCAGGUACGAGGCGGAGGCUGUGCGACAUGAGCAGAAUGUGCAGGAGCUGGCCGGGACUCUCACGCCUGGUGCCUCACCCGCUCACGUGUCGGCUACCCUGGAGGCGCAGAUACGAGAGCUGCUGGAGAGCCAGGAGAACCUCCGAUACGAGCUGGCGCAAGUGAAGAGACAGGUCGGCGCGAACUCCAACAAUCUUGAGGCGCUGCAGCGGAGCGGCCCGCCGACGCUGCCGCCCUCGCUGGACAGGCCGCCGAUGAUUCCGGAUGGCACCCCUGACAGCCAGGCCACUGCCACCUUCCCAGCGCCCGCCGCGACCGACGCGUCGCCACUGUCCAUGUAUCAACCCUUCUACGAUCAGCAGCCGCAGUUGCCAGCGAUGCAGUCGUACAGGCCAGAGGUGGCUACGCAGCCCGCUAUGCGCUCGCUCAGCUCGCACCGAUAUCCACAUGUCGAGGAUGAGCCCAGCGGGCCGCCCCAGCCUCCGGCGAAUCUGUACACCAGCAAGCCAGAGGACCUCCUCUCGACGCUGCACGGCCACGUCAAGCGCGCCGUCACGUCCGCGCUGCCGCAGCGGGCGGCGGACGGGGACGACGGCGAGGGCGGGUCGCAGGACAUACUCGCGACGAUGCGCGGCCACGCGGCGACCAUUCAUGGCCACGCCACGACGCUGCACGGCCACGUCAUGCGCGCGUUUGACGGCCUGCCGAACAUGAGAAGUGCGCCGUGAGGUCGCCCAGACGCGCCUUCUGAGUUAGGGGACUCCUCCCCCUCCCGCACCUCCUCGCUCCCGCCCCCCCCUCGUAGCUAU